AUGGCGAGUAUGGUCGAACCAAGUCAUCGUUCAAUUGAAAUUCCGUUGCAUUCUGGUGAUGAAGUUAUUGAAGUAAGUCUUGAUCAACUUCCAGAUGGACAAGAAGUUCUUGCUAUACUUCAACAAGAAAAUUGUCCAUUACAUAUAUGGGUUACACUCGCUUUGGAAUAUUAUCGUCAAGAUAAAGAAAAAGAUUUUGUUGAAAUUCUUAAAUCAGCAUGUAAUGAAAUAAAUAAUCAACGACAACAACAAACAUCUGGACAACGUGCACAGGAAACUGAUCAAAUGCGUUGUUUAGAUACAUUAGCUGCUUAUUAUGUUAAACGUGGUCACCGUGAAAAAGCUAAAGAAAAAAAACGCGAAUAUUUUACUCAAGCUACAUUACUUUAUACACAUGCUGAUAAAAUUCUUAUGUAUGAUCUUAAUCAUUUACUUGGUCGAGCCUACAUUUGUUUACUCGAAGGUGAUAAAAUGGAUCAAGCUGAACAACAAUUUAAUUUUGUUCUUAAUCAAAUGCAAAAUAAUAUUCCGGCAUUACUUGGCCGUGCUUGUAUAGCAUUUAAUAAAAAAGAUUAUCGACAAGCAUUAAAUUUAUAUAAACGUGCUUUAAAACAAGCACCAGAAAAUUCUUCCGGUAUUCAUGUUGGUUUAGCAAAUGCAUUUGCAAAAUUAAAUAAACUUGAAAAAGCUGAAUUAGCAUUUAAUCGUGCAAUUGAUAUUGAUCCAAAAUGUGUUGGUGCAUUAGUAGGUUUAGCUAUACUUGAAUUAAAUAUGAAAACACCUGCAUCAAUUCGUAAUGGUGUUGUUAAACUUUCUCGAGCAUAUCAAUAUGAUCCACAAAAUCCAAUGGUUUUAAAUCAUUUAGCAAAUCAUUUUUUCUUUAAAAAAGAUUAUACACGUGUUCGUCAAUUAGCAAUGCAUGCAUUAAAUUAUACAGAAAAUGAAGCAAUGCGUGCUGAAAGUUGUUAUCAUUUAGCUCGAGCUUAUCAUGCUGAACGUGAUUAUGAAGAAGCUUUUCGAUAUUAUUAUCAAGCAACACAUUUAGCACCAGAAAAAUUUGUUUUGCCAUUAUUUGGUCUAGGACAAAUGUAUUUACAAAGAGAAGAUACAGCAAAUGCAAGUGAUUGUUUUGAAAAAAUUUUAAAAAUUCAUCCAAAUGAUCAUGAAUCAAUGAAAAUAUUAGCUAGUAUAUAUGCUGAAUCGAAUGAUCAAGAGAAACGAGAAAAAGCAAAAGAAUAUUUGAAAAAAGUCACACAACAUGAUCCACAUGAUAUUGAUUCGUGGAUUCAAUUGGCAGAAAUUCUUGAAGGAGUUGAUUUACAAGUUUCAUUGGAUGCUUAUAUGAUGGCAUCAAAAUUAAUUCGUGAUUUUCAUGGUAAAGAUACUCCAAUGGAAAUGCUUAAUAAUAUGGGUUCAUUACAUUAUCGUUUAAAUAAUUAUGAAGAAAGUGGAAAAUGUUUUGACAAAGGUAUAUCUUAUGCUGAACAAGCUCGUGAAGUUGAACCUGCAUAUGCCAAUUCAAUUCUUGUUACAAUGCGUUAUAAUCUAGCACGUGUAUGUGAAGCAUCUUUUGAAUUUGAUAAAGCUGAAUCAUUAUAUAAGGAAAUUUUACGUGAACAUCCAAAAUAUGUUGAUUGUGUACUUCGUUUGGGUUGUAUGGCUCGUGAUCGUGGACAAAUUUAUAGUGCAUCUGAUUGGUUUAAAGAUGCACUUGAAAUCAAUCACAAUUCACCAGAUGCAUGGACAAUGAUUGGAAAUUUACAUGCUGCUAAACAGGAAUGGAGACCUGGACAAAAGAAAUUCGAAAGAAUUUUACAUAAUCCACAAACAGCAAAUGAUUCUUAUGCUUUAAUAUCAUUAGGAAAUAUUUGGUUACAAACUUUAUAUAUGCCAACACGUGAUAAAGAAAGAGAAAAACGCCAUCAAGCUCGUGCUCUUCAAGUAUAUAAAGUUGUUCUUAAAAAUGAUAAUCGAAACAUUUGGGCAGCCAAUGGCGUCGGCUGUGUUUUAGCUCAUAAAGGAUAUUUAAAUGAAGCUCGUGACAUAUUUGCACAAGUUCGUGAAGCAACUGCUGAUAUGCCAGAUGUUUGGCUUAAUAUCGCACAUAUUUAUGUCGAACAAAAGCAAUAUAUACCUGCUGUGCAAAUGUAUGAAAAUUGUUUGAAAAAGUUUUAUAAAUAUAAUAAUGUCGAAGUAUUAACAUAUUUGGCUCGUGCAUUAGUUAAAGGUAAUCGUUUACAUGAAGCACAUAAUGCUUUAUUAAAUGCUCGACGUGUUGCACCACAUGAUCUUACAUUAAUGUAUAAUAUUGCAUUAGUACAACAAAAAUUAGCUCAAGAGAUUUUAAAAGAUGAAAAUUCAACAUUGAUUUCUGUUCUUCAAGCAAUUGAUCAACUUCGAAUUGCUCAAAAAUCAUUUACAUGGCUUGGUGAACAUGGUGAUCCACAUCGUCUAGAUUUAAAUCAAGCAUUACAAGAAGCACGACAAUGUUCAGAUUUAUUAUCUCAAUCAACUUAUCAUGAAAUUCGUGCACGAAAGAAAGAUGAAGAAGAACAACUUGUACGAAAAAAACAAGAUGAAGAAAGAAGAAAAUUACGUGAAAAACAAUUUCAAGAAGCGGAAGACCGACGUCGACAAGAAGAUGAACGAAGACGAAUGGAACGUGAAAAACGUCAACAAUUUGUUGAACGUACGAAAAAUUUAUUAACUACAGAAUCACAAGUUACAUCAGAAAAAAGUCAACGAUCAACUGGUGGAACUAAAAAGAGACAAAAACAUGAUGAUGAAGAAGAAUUUAUUAAUGAUACAACUGAUCUUAUCGCAAAUACAGAAAGAGCACAGAAAAAACGAGCGAAAAAAUCUUCCGAUGUCGAAGAUAGACGUGAAAGAAAAUCAUCGAAAAAACGAAAAAUAAUUGCUAGAAGUGAUAGUGAAAAUGAAAAUGGUGAAGCAGUUAAACGUAAAAAGAAAUCAAAUCAUAAAAAACGAUCAAGUAGAAUAACAACAAAUGAUGAUGAAGUAUCUCAAGAUAAUGAAGAGCAAUUAUCUGCCAAUGAACAAGACGAUAAUGAAAGUGAUAACGAAGAUAAACCAAAACGAAAACCGACAUCGAGAAAAUCAACAAGUCGGUCAAAACGUUCAAGUUCAUCGAAAACAUCUCAACGACAAUCUGAGCAAAGUGGUCGUUAUAAAUCAAAAGCAACUAUUUCAAGUAGUGAGGAUGAAUCCGAUAAUGAACCAUCACAUCCAACAAAUCGAUCAGCUGAAGAUCAAGAAGGAGAAGAAGAAGAAGAAGACGAAGAAGAAGUUGAAGAUGCUAAUGAAGGAUCACCGGUUGAAGAAGCUGAACAAGAAGAAAAAGAAGAAGAAGAGGAAACAGCUCAAGACGAAGAGCAAGAACCAGAAGAAGAAGAGCAAGAGGAACAGGCACCUGAAGAUAUAGACGUCAGCGACGAAGAUUAA